AAGAAGAAGGCGCGGAGACUUUGACGCUCAACAAGUUGUUGUUUUUCCAUCUUUUUAAACACUUGAAGAAACAUCUUCAUCAUCGAAUUCAGCCUUCAUCCUUCAUCCUCGUCGUGGCCGUGCAGACAGGUGACGGGGUGGGGGGGGGUGUCACGGGGGUCUGCGCGCGUGUGUGUGUCGGUGCGAGGAUGCAGACGGAGGUGGACAGGAGGAGGUCUCCACCUCAGCAGGAGUAAGCGACGUCCUCCCCUUCAUCAUCAUCAUCAUCAUCAUCAUCAUUGCGCGGGGACGUCUGCUUCCGCGACCAUGUCCUUGAGAGCGUUGCCGGGGUGACGUCCCUCAUCAUCUUCAUCAUCUUCAUCGCUGAUUUCGGGGAGUGGGAAUCUGAGGAGGGGGGUUGGGGGGAGGAGGGGGUCUGUGGAGGAGCUUUGAAGGACGAGGGAUGCUAAGGAAACAUCUGGAAGGACGGAGGUCACAUUUCAAUGGAGCCCCCCCCAAACCCCCCAAGGACUGUGAGGGCACGGGGGUCCACAUUGUUUUGCCCCACUUCUAUAUGAUUAGUUUGUGACAAGUCAAUCCAUGGACGCCCCCAGCUGCGGGACUGGGGGGGACAGUGCCCCCAGACGUCAGGGAGGGCGCAGUAAGGGCAGCCUGCCCUCCCCCGGCUGCAGACUCUCACAGGCGUCCCUGGAGGGCGACAAGACUUCUCUGGUGGGGGACGGAGGGUCCGGGGGACGCGGCCGCCGCCUCUCCGUCCUGAGCUCCCCCGCCAGGGACGGCCUCGCCUUCCGCACGGCGGGCACACCGACCGCCCCGGUGCCCCUGCCGCCUCGCUCGGUGGGCUUCGCCACGUCCCGCGCCACCCCGGCCUCCACGUCCUCGUCGGCGGGCAUGAUGGUGGUGGCCACGGGCCCCGAGACCACCACCACUACGGCGGCGGGGACACCUGAGACGGUGCUGGGUGGGUUGGGCCUGGGGCUGGACGGGGAGGACUACAGCAGCUCCAACCAGAGCACCUUCAUCCAGAGGCAGUUUGGUGCCAUGCUGCAGCCCGGCGUCAACAAGUUCAGCCUCCGCAUGUUUGGAUCCCACAAAGCUGUGGCCCUGGAGCAGGAACGCCUCAAAUCAGCGGGUGCGUGGAUCAUACACCCCUACAGCGACUUCAGGUUCUACUGGGACCUGCUGAUGCUGCUGCUGAUGGUGGGCAACCUCAUCGUGCUGCCGGUGGGCAUCACCUUCUUCCGGGACGAGAACACGGCGUCCUGGAUCAUCUUCAACGUGCUCUCCGACACGCUCUUCAUGGUCGACCUGGUGCUCAACUUUCGCACCGGCAUCAUUAAGGAGGACAACACCGAGAUCCUGCUGGACCCCAGGGCCAUCCGCCACAAGUACUUAAAGAGCUGGUUCCUGGUGGACUUUGUGUCGUCCAUCCCGGUGGACUACAUCUUCCUGAUGGUGGACAGCCUGGACUCGGAGGUCUACAGGACGGCCAGGGCGCUCCGCAUCGUGCGCUUCACGAAGAUCCUCAGCCUGCUGCGCCUGCUCCGCCUCUCCAGACUUAUACGAUACAUCCACCAGUGGGAGGAGAUCUUCCACAUGACCUACGACCUGGCCAGCGCCAUGGUGAGGAUCGUCAACCUGAUCGGGAUGAUGCUGCUGCUCUGCCACUGGGACGGCUGCCUGCAGUUCCUGGUCCCCAUGCUGCAGGACUUCCCCCCCGACUGCUGGGUGUCCAAGAACCUGAUGGUGAACGACACCUGGGGCAUUCAGUACUCCUACGCUCUGUUCAAAGCCAUGAGUCACAUGCUGUGCAUCGGCUAUGGGGCCCAGGCUCCUGAGGGCAUGAACGACGUGUGGCUGACUAUGCUCAGCAUGAUCGUGGGCGCCACCUGCUAUGCCAUGUUCAUCGGCCACGCCACCGCCCUCAUCCAGUCCCUGGACUCCUCUCGCCGCCAGUACCAGGAGAAGUACAAACAAGUAGAACAGUACAUGUCCUUCCACAAGCUUCCUGCGGACGUGCGGCAAAAGAUCCACGAGUACUACGAGCAUCGCUUUCAGGGCAAAAUGUUUGACGAGGAGAACAUCCUGGGAGAACUCAGUGAGCCGCUGAAAGAAGAGAUCGUCAGCUUUAACUGCCGUAGCUUAGUGGCUAACAUGCCGCUGUUUGCUAACGCCGACCCCAACUUUGUGACCGCCGUGCUCACCAAGCUGCGCUUUGAGGUCUUCCAGCCGGCAGACUUCAUCAUCAGAGAAGGAACAGUCGGCAGGAAGAUGUACUUCAUUCAACAUGGACGAGUCGGCGUGCUGACCAGAGGCAACAAGGAAACCAAGCUGAGCGACGGCUCUUAUUUUGGAGAAAUCUGUUUGCUGACUCGAGGGCGGAGGACAGCGAGUGUCCGUGCUGACACCUACUGCAGGUUGUACUCACUCAGUGUGGACAGCUUCAACGAGGUGUUGGAGGAGCACCCCAUGAUGCGGCGGGCCUUUGAAACCGUCGCCGUGGACCGUUUGGACCGAAUAGGAAGGAAAAACUCAGUGCUCCUGAGGAAGUCAUCUCAAGGUGGUUCACUCGGGGGCAGUAUGGGCCGUGGAGGGGGUCGGGGUGCAGGAGGUCCAGGGGCAGGUGUGGGUCUGGCAGCAGGCAGUCUGGGCUCCUGUGACAGCUUACUGGUGCAGCAGAUUGUCAAACACGACAGCAUGCCGGCCAUGCAGGACGCCAUCGCAGCGGCCGCGGCAGGAAGAAGCACCGCCAUUGGAAGAAGUGGCACCAUGUCUCCCAGACCCCGUCCCCUCAUCUGGGCACCGCUGGUUCAUGCCCCCCUGCAGACAGCGGCUGCCACAAGUAACGUGGCCAUCGCCCUCAUGCACCAGCAGCAGCAGCUACAGCAAUUGCAACAACAGCACGCACUGGCGGGCACUUUCUUCCUGCCCUCUCCUCUUAUAUCACCUUCCCCCUCCUCCUCCUUCCCGCUCUCGCCUCCUCGUGCCCCCAUCUUGCAACCCCUUCGCCCAUCAGUCAGCUCCCUCAUUGGAAUGAUGGCAAUGAGCGGGAUGGGAGGUUUGUCUCCAAGAGCAGGAUUCCCUGCCUCUCCUUCCACCAUCGGCCCACCAGGUGGGUUUAUCCCCCCACCGGUGGCCAAGACAACCCCCGCUCCGGCGCCUUCUAUGCCAACGUCUCUCCAACAAGGAAGGACUCUUCACUACAAUCUACGCCUCCAGGCUGAUCAUCUUCCAGCACUUGCUGGAUCUGUCACAACCCCAACAGGAGGAGGAACAUCAAACCCACUCUUAAACAAGAUUCAGACCUACAACCCCCCCGCUUCCCCAGGUGGCCCAGAUAGCAACGCUCAUGUGAUCAGCCAACAGGGAGCAAAAGAAGCACUUAUGCGGCAUGGCGGUAACAGCUGUCAGGGUCUACCAGCAUUGGGCAGGCUCACCCAGGAGGCCAGACUGCUGUCUGCCUCACAGCCCACUCUGCCUCACCGCUCUUGGGCUGGCGUGCAACCUCAUCCCCCUCUCCACCGGAAGGCCUCAGGUGGAAAUUUGCUCACAGCUCCUUUCCUGGUGGGGCAGUUAGCCCGAGGCGGAAGUGCGGGAAUACUCACCUCCAAUCCUGCAGUGCCACUUGUAGGAAAUAUGGCCCAAAUACAGCAACAGGCCCCAGCCCCCAUUCAGCCUACUAUGUACACACAGUGCUUCCCUCAUGUUACCCCCAUGCCCACCUUCACAGCUCCACAAAUGCCUUCGGCCCCUGCCACCCCCUCACCAGUGCCCACACCACCAUCUUCUAACCCGAUGAACUCGCAGACUCCCCAACCAAAGCCACCGUCUCGCUCCUCAUCACCACCUUCUUGCUCCACCUCUCCCCUGACAGUAACAACCCCAUUGUCUUCGACACCGCGCCCCAAACCGUUCGCUACCCCUUCUCCUCGCUCAUCAUCCCCGUCGCCGUCCUCCACUCCUCCCCCCUCCUGUGUCUCAACUCCAGUUCCCUUACCUCAAACAUUUGGAGCCAAGUCCUCUCUGAGCUCCUCGCCUCCAUCUUCAGCAGUCUCCACUACACCCCCACAAAGCGCACAAGUUAAAGCUUCCAACACACCGCCCGCCGCGUCACCAUUGUCCGGGACCAGCCCUGCACCAACCCCAGUCCCGUCACCAACUCUCACACCCAGACAAACUCCCAUUGAGACAUUGGCCCCACCUUUUAUGCCAACCUCCAACCCUUCCCUGAGCAAAUCCUCAAGUCCAACUUCUUGUCUUCAGCCUUCAGUCUUAAAUGCGGCCAGGACUCCAACCCUGAGCCAAAUCCCCAAACCUUCCCUCACUCCUCCACCUGCGAGCACCAACUCCCCCACCAAAGUCAGAUUCACCGUCCAUCCGGUAAAGCAAACCCUUACCCCGAGCACCACGUCCACGUUUGUUCGUCCCACAAAAUCAUCCCCGAGCUCUGUGAAGAACACCACAACACCGACUGACUGUGCUACAGCAUCCGCCCACCUCCCGAAACAAAUCAUAACCCCAAACGCUGCCCUUACCCAUCCCUCCAAAACCAAUGCGCCCUCCUCCCUGGCUAAGGCCAUGCAGGCUUCUACCGUCGCGCAAGCCACCCACACUGCCACCCCAUCUACCAACACCUCGCCAAAAGGGGCUAAAAGGGAACCUCAGCAGUCACGAGCCAGAAAAGACUCCGAAGGGUUGAGGCAUCAACUGCCGGCUAACAUGUAAACAUACAAAAAUAAAAACAGCAGCAAAGAUGUAGCUUGUGCCGGCUGACCAUGAUGGUACAAACAACCAUUCUCCUGUGGACAACUUCAUGGUGUUUGCAUCCACGCUAGGAUAUGAUUGUCCGGGUUUAUGUGACUCGACAUGCAUUGGCAUACCUGUCAAUGGUUGUUGGAGCGAGCAAGGAAACAGAGGUAGAAACUUGACUCAAGGAGAGGUUAAAAAACCUAUGAUUACUUCUACUGGUUGAUCAAAAGAGCAAUACAUGUGAGGCAUCUUCCAAUACUGUGCUAAAGUCUGAGACCACUGCUGGAUUUGUUCUUUUAAUGGCAGCAAUAGUCCACAGUAGGACACAAUGACAUUGGUCAGGAAUCCAGACUCUGUCCAUUUAGGUCCAAAGAGAAGCGGCGUCCUGGUAAAUGUAUCGGUGCAUUCCAGGAUGCUGGAAAGUAAGAAACCCUCAAAAGCUUCAGCCCGCGUUUUAUUGGUCAAGCAGAAAUUCAAAUGACUGACCAUGGAAUUUGGUACACUUCUUAAAGGGGCUGAAAUGCACUCAUGUUAAAUUUGAGUUUGGCUCGUGGAAAAAUGUGGCCGCCAUCAAGCUUUCUUGCCGGGGCACAGGCAGGACUUGGCAACUAAUUGUUCGUAAGUCCUUGACCAUUUUUCCAAUAUUUGUACAAGUUUGAGGAUUUUAGCUUUUAGACCACAACCCGUAGGUGGCGCCAUGGUCCGAGGUGACAUCUACUGGUGGCUUAAUGAUUUGGCGACAGGUAGCAAAAUUGAUAAUAAUUUGAUUUAUUCGGGGCCUCUGGGAGAGAAAACUUCAGGUGCCAGUUUCGGGCACUAAUCACUUGUUCCUUUCACACCAUCAUUUUUCUGCCUGUUCCGCAACGAGGCAGUAAAAUCAACCUGGAAAUGUUCCAGGAAAUGACACUUAUUACUCCGCUGGUGCGGUGAGUGUUUGAUGCUUCAUGCUACCUGGCUCCUGUGUCAGAGGCUCAGCCUGGUCUUCUGUUUGCGGUCUGCUUUCUCUGCGUGAAAGGCGCUCCAGCUCGGACUCCCGUCUUGCUCGCCAAAUCAUGGUCACCAAAGUGUAACACGAGUAACAAUCGGACGCAAAGUUGAUCCACUUGUGAAUAAGUAGAAGUACACAUAGGUACACACAAACUGCAGUUUUGUUUAGUCCCACCUGUGUGUGUGUUUUUGUGUGUGUGGGGUCUAGUUUGGAUUCUCACUGCUCUGCUGUGCUCUGUGGCUUUCUUUCCUGCAUACAGUGGGGACCCGUUUAGGUCGACAACCCGUCCAUGUUGACCCACUCAUCAAGUCCUGAGUCACCGUCUUCUUAUUAUUACUUAAAAAUGCCCGCUCGAGUCGACGUUCAUGGUCGGUCAUUUUGCAUACCGGUCAUCCCUCCCGUUUUCACCUGGAAACUCCCGUAUGUUGUCCUUCUGUUCUGCCGACUUCCUGUUCCAACGACUUAUGUCAACAACACCUUAUGUCAACAACCACUUAUGUCGACAACCACGUAUGUCAACAACACCUUAUGUCAACAACCUUUUGUGUCGACAAUCACUUUUGUCAACAACACCUUAUGUCAACAACCUUUUGUGUCGACAAUCACUUAUGUCAACAACACCUUAUGUCAACAACCACUUAUGUCGACAACCACGUAUGUCAAUAACACCUUAUGUCAACAACCUUUUGUGUCGACAAUCACUUUUGUCAACAGCGACUUAUGUCGACAACCACGUAUGGCAACAACACCUUAUGUCAACAACCUCUUGUGUCGACAAUCACUUAUGUCAACGACUUAUGUCGACAACCACUUAUUUCAACAACCAUCCAUUUAUGUCGACAACAACUUAUGUCAACAACCACUUAUGUCAACAACCUUUUGUGUCGACAAUCACUUAUGUCAACAACGACUUAUGUCGACAACCACUUAUUUCAACAACCAUCCAUUUAUGUCGACAACCACUUAUGUCAACAACCACUUAUGUCAACACUUAUUUAUGUCAACAACCACUUAUUUCAACAACCACGUAUGUCAACAACACCUUAUGUCAACAACCUUUUGUGUCAACAACCACUUAUGUCAACACUUAGUUAUGUCAACAACCACUUAUGUCAACAACCACUUAUUUCAACAACCAUCCAUUUAUGUCAACAACCACUUACGUCAACAACCACUUAUGUCAAGAACCACUUAUGUCAACACUUAUUUAUGUCAACAACCACUUAUUUCAACAACCACUUAUGUCGACAACCACUUAUGUCAACAACCAUGUAUGUCAACAACCACUUAUGUCAACACUUAUUUAUGUCAACAACCACUUAUAUCAACAGUCACUUAUGUCGAAAACCACUUAUGUCAACAA